AUGUCUGACGGGACACUGUUUACUGAUUUGAAAGAGAGAAGGUUGAUUAGGACCAUCGUGCCAAGGGGUUUGGUGCGUUCCUUGAGACUGGAUGUGAAGCUCGCUGAUCCCAGCGACGCCCAGCAACUGUACGAAAGGGAGUUUCCCUGGGGUAAGUACCCCACCUUUGUAGGUCCGCAUGAUGAGUGGACGCUUACAGAGGCAAUGGCCAUUGAUUACUACUUGAUCCACCUGUCGAGCGACAAGGAAGCCGUUCGCCAGUUGUUGGGGCCCGAAGAUGACUUCAAAACACGUGCGGAUAUUCUAAGAUGGGAAUCGCUCUCCAACAGUGAUUUUUUGAACGAGGUGUGCGAGGUAUUUUUCCCUCUAAUUGGUACAAAGCCAUACAAUGCCACUGAAUUUAACGUCGCAAGGGAGAACGUCGACACCAUCGUUUCGCUUUACGAGAGAAGAUUGAAGAAACAGCAAUUCCUUGUCUGCGACGACCACGAAACUCUUGCUGAUCUAAUCUCAGCAGCCGCUUUUUCGUUAGGGUUCAUAAGUAUUUUCGAUGAAACAUGGAGGUCCAAGCAUCCUGAGGUUACGCGGUGGUUUAAUCAAGUGAUUAAUUCCCGUUUUUUCGAAGGUGAGUUUGAGAGCUUCCAAAUGUGCGAGACUGCUAUGCAACCUAAUAAAUAA